AUGUGCCGAGGACCCAACCCAGGACUUUCGCCAGCUAUAAACUCGCAUUACGCCAUACAACAUGAUUCCGUUCACAACUUUCCGUCGGUUCCCGCCUUUGAAGUCGGGUCAACUCCUCAGCAGGCAGUCUCAGAAGAUCACAUUCAACAGGAGCAGCCAGCAGGUUCGACAUCAUAUCAGAAGAAGCCCCACCAUCCCCCUCUUCCUCAGCAGCAACAGCCCCACGCCCAUUACAGAUUCUACGGAAACCACUUGGCUGCCCCUUCGUCUGCACCUUCAGCGCCGUCGUAUGGCUUGCCAACAUUUUCUCAACCAAUUGUGGACAGCCCGCCAGCAGCUUCACCAGGAAUUUCAACUGGACCUGGCGCAGCGGCCACGACCCAUUCACAUAGUUCUGCGGAACCUACAAGGUCGUCGAACCACCCAAACAAUAAGGAAAUGGUCGGGCAUCAAUUUAAUUGCAAAAGCGAUGUGCUGGCCGUGCCGACUUUGCGGUUUCAGCAGGACGAGCUCAACCAAGAACUGUGCAGACCAGAAAACCAGCCGUAUCCUGAGGAUCAGUUGAUGUGGGUAUCUCUGUCACAUACGCAGGGACCCGAAAAUGAUCCGGUUAUGAAAGCUUUUUACAGAAGUUUUACAAGCGCGGAAGCCAUGGCACCAGCUGAUAACAAACCGGCAUCUGUUCCUUUAGAACCGAUAAGUAAAAUGGCGUCUGGAUACAGUGCUUUCGAUAGUCAAUACCCAGGAGCUUCAGCUCGAGAAACGCUGUCAUCUCCUCCUUCAACAUACUCUCAAGUUAAGCUUUCACCUGCCCCCAACCAACACUGCAGUGGACAUAGUGCCUCUGUACCCCCUUUUCAAUGCCUAACGCAGCGGAAUGUCGGUUUGAGCCUCAAAACCUCCUGUCCAAAUUUCCAGCCAGUUAUUAUAACCAUGCCUUGCUACGGGCAACGGCAGCCGACACCCUACGUUGCUAUGCCGAGAACCCCACCUGGAACAGUUAGAAGUCAAACCAAGGCCAUUCCCUUUGGUCUUGAUAAGGGUCCUGUGGUAAGUCCUUUCGGAGGUGGCUUUGGGUUGGGUACCCAGUUUGGAAGUCUCUUUGGAAUGAAUCCUCAGACAGGAACCCAGGAAUAUGACAUGGAACACCAGGUGGGUGGUCCAUUCGGCAUUGGAAGGCAAUUUGGCAUGGGUUUAAACCCUUUUGGCCCAUUUGGAGCCACUAACCCUUUUAAUCCCUUUAACAGAAUCCUAGGAGCGCCGGCUUCCAAUGUUCCAGCGCCCAAUCUCUUUCAGCAGGUACUCAAAUUUAAGCAGAGCGAUGAAAUCAGUUCGACCACAGAAGCAGCACCGCACUCUAAAGCGUACACCGAAAGAUCAGAGAAGCUGAACUAUUCUAAUAGCACUCCGACGCCUUUCACCUCAGAGCACCCCAAUCCCGUUUUUGGCACGCACCAGGAAAGUUCCGAGGAUGAAGACUCUCAUGAAGAUAAAAAGGCGGUGACCACAUCCAUCCCAGCAUCAGAGGCCGUAGACUCCGCCCCUGAGAUUUCGGACAUCCUAAGCAAGGCCGCCAGUCUUCUAAAGCCCGAUAAACGCAAGCGGCUCAACAACCGCUCCAUCGGCCGCGUCUCACAAAGUCACAAAUACUUGCAGCAGUUGUAG